UGGAGCUGCAGCGUGUGCGGCCAGCAGCAGGCCGUGCAGAAGGUUUAUGGGCAGGGCUCGGGCCUGGAGUGCCGGCGCCAUGUCCAGAAGCUGAACUUGCUGCAGGGUGAAGCAGAGGAGGCGUUGGGUUGGACAUCUUGGUGUGUAGAAGACUCUGUAAGUGACAGCAAAAAUAAAGCAGCACAACAUGAGGACAGUUCAGUCCAGCAGGAGGGAAGGACAGAAGGCAGUCGUUGGAGUAAAUAUCUGGACCAGGAGAGUGAGGAUCAGGAAGAUGGCAAGGAGGAGGCAGCUCUGGAAAGGCAACAGUUCUGUUCCCAGAGAAAGAACACUGUGGGAGAACAAAGGAAACACCUGAAGCACUUCCUAUCCAAUGAUGUUCCAGAGCAUGCAGAAGAAAGUGGAGUUUCUCAGCUUGUCCAUCAAGCCAAAAAAGUUAAAACCACUGAGCACAAGAAAUGCUUUGUAGCAGUGCCUGAUGGACAUGAUGGAGAUGCUGGUUCUGGAGGCCGUGUGGUUCCUGCUCUCUGCGAGGCUGUAGUGCCUGAGGAAAAUACACAGCCCCCAACUGCUUGUACCAAACCAUCCAAGUGGGGAAAAUACCUCUCAUUUUCAGACAACUGUAGUGAAAAUGCUGCUGCAGUGACCAUGGCACUGCAGGAGAGCAGUGGAGGUGUGGGGCUAGACAGCACUGCUGCUGGCAGGUCCUGGGGGUGCUCAGGGCAGGCUGGAAGAAGUCUGCCUCAGGGUACAGGUUUUGAAUUUAACAAGUGUGUUGCUAGCACUGAAGAUCAAGCCCUGAGACUGCCCAGCAGCAGGUGCUCAGUUGAGGAAGUGUUCAGGGAACCUCAGAGCCAGAUGCUCAGGGUGGGAGCUGCUGCAGGGACCACUGCAGGAAGGGCAAACACCCUUGUGAACUCUAACCCUAGGCUAAAGAUGAGCAGCCGUUCUUGUGAGCAACUCUUCUGCACAGGUGAGGAGUUUGAUGAUGACCUCUGACAUGUCUUGCUUAUUUCUAAGGUAUUUGCUAUGUUGUUUACUUAGAGUUUUGAACUAAAGGUGGUUGUACACAAAGGCAUAUAGAACUGCACUAUUCAAGUUGUUUACUUGCUUGAUUGGUUGUGUUUGGGGGGAAGGGAAGGAGGGGAAAGAGACUUUCUCUCAGGUUACAGUGUUGUCUAGCAACCUCAGCAGCUAGAAAUAGGAAUGGAAGUAGGUCAGCUAGGGGAGACAAAGCUCACAGGGCUUUAAGGAUUCCUGGCCUGUACAAUUAAAUUCUGUGAUUGACUCCUUACAAA